GACUUCAGUUGAAUCUGCUUUAAAGCCCCCGAAACCCAUCAAGUGAGCAGGCCGCACAUCUUGGCUGUCUUCGUCUGGACUUGGACUUAUUUUUUUUUGUGGAAAGAACCUUUUAUGAAGAGAUUACGGCAUCAUGAGAAAAAUAGGGCUAAAAGGGAAAUACUGCUUAUUUUUUUUGCUGCUUGUUGUUCAACUGUACUGCAUCGUGGACGGCAAGAAAAAUACGACGAAGCGGAACAUCGACGCAGCGUGGACCCAAGUGAAGACCAAACGGAUAUUUGCAAGACAGAAGCUCUCCCCGCCGAUGGAGAGUCGCAACGCGAAAUGCAAGCCAGCGGAGACAGCGCCAACGCGUCACUGCGGCCCCCCGAGGGAGGGCUGCCCCUCCUCCGGCGGGCCGUGUUGCGGCCCCUGCUCCUUCUGCCGCUGUCGAUUUUUCAACGCCGUCUGCCGCUGCCUGAGGAUGAAGCCUCCGUGCUUGAUGAGGAAGGAAAUUCCGUGCAAGCACAGGCGUUAAGUCAACAUGGUGGAAUUUUUCUGUCAUAUAAUUAAUAUAUGAUAAUAUACAAAAAUUUAAAAAACUAAAAAAUGCUAAAAAAGAAAAUGUCAAACUAUUGAUAAAUAAUGUGGAGAUAAGUGCUGUAUUCCUGUAUUUCAAUCAUACUAUUGGCAAAAUAACGUUUUCAUUUUUGUCGUGGGCCACAUUAUAUUUAUGGUUUCCCUCAAGGGGGUCAUCAUGACUAUCAAAGCAUAAAAUUGAUCACCUCAUUACUGUAUAUCACUACAUAUACGCAACAAAUUGAUGGUUUUCACAUCAGAAGUUAAAGGAUAAUCGCUUGUUCAACUACAGUAUUGCUCAAGUUACUAUGAAGGCAUUUUGCUAACAAGAAAUGCUCUCACUAUGUCUCCACUUGAUUAUUAAUUACAUCUGACACUUUCAAAACUCAGUUCAGACUUAUUGAAAAUCAUGUUAUGGGCCACAUCGGGCCCCCGGGCCUUGUAUUUAACACUUCCAUAUUAGAACAUUGAAACUUUAAUAUGGCACUCAGGCAUCAAAAUAUGCUGUAUUUCAAGUAGACCAGGGGUGCUCAAUGUGUCGGUCUUGGUUGAUCGGGGACGGUAGGCCCAAAAAAAAAAAAAAAAGACGUCAGCCAAUGUUCCCUCUAAACUGUGCACGUGCGCAAUUGUGCACUGCUGGUGCAGGCUCUUUGCAGAUAUUCAGUGUUGCGCGCAAAAAAAAUUAAUCCAAUGCAAAUUGAAAGUAUAAGAUACAGCUAUUCACUUUGUGGCAUUUUGCAAUGUGAUUCAAUGAGUGAGGGAUGACUUGUUGUUACAUCCAAUGGCACAAUUCACAUACAUACUGUAAAAAAUCAAAAGAAGAAGCCACUGGUUUCUUUUAGGGCGCACACGGAACUUUCUCCAACAACUACCGCUGCUCGGCCGCACUCUUUUUCCUAGUUUACCUUACAGCCCCUCCUCUCCCGCUCUUAAAGACUUACUGUAUACUCAUAAUUACAAAUGUUACAGUACUUCCGCAGCCCAUCAAAGUGUUUUAUCAUGAAAGCAUCCACCACCGCUGCUUUAGUUAUCAACACAGUCUGGGCAACGUAGAGCAAAGACGAGCUAGACAUGCUGCUUAUGUUUACUUUUGAUAUUAAUGGAGAAAGUUAAGAAAGAAAUGCUGUUGUUCUAAGAUGCAAUGACUGUCAGAGUAUGUGAAUAAUCAAAGAAAAAUUAAAAAUUGGUUAAACUGCACGAGAUUUUCUCUUUUCCGAGUGGGGAAGGUCCAGUCUGAAGCCAAAGUAGAAAGUGCAGGAUGAGAUGGUGCAUAAUGUUAAAAUUCACACAUGCACAGCCUGAUCCAGGAUGAUAGCACAGACAAAUGCACAGAAAGCUAAUUCUGUAUUGUAAAUAUAGGAGGCAACAUAACAUUAACCUUAAAAUGGUUUGGGAGUGUCAUCAUCAUCAUCAUCAUCCCACCCAACCCCCCACCCCCUCCCCCAACUCCUGUCCGUUGGUAGCUCACGAGAGGCUGGCUGCUUGAAAAGUAGCUCUGGGGGUAGAAAAAAAAAUCUGGGCACCCAUGAAGUAGACGCUUUCAUUCUAACCUUUUUGAAGAGGAAUAAGGAAUUAAAAACAGAAUUCACCGUUUUAUUCCUUGUCUGAGAAGUCAGAAAUGAAACAAGCCUAACAUUUAUCCAGUAAAUAAUUUUUUUUCCCAAUUCUAUUUAAACAACAUAAUUAUGUUCUCUACUUAACAAAUGAAAAUGGAGAAGUAUUUGAAAGGUUUCUACACACUGGUGAAUAACCAUUAUGUAAACAUUUCAAAAGUUAUGAUUAUCAUUUGUAGCAAAGAGGAUGUGUUUAACAGGGUGUACACAUGUAAAAAUUUGAUUUGCCCUCAUAAAAAUCCAUAAAAGUACGCUAUAUGCAUGCUUGGUUACACGUGCUAUCAUUUUUGUUAUUGCUCAUCAGGAGAACUCUCUUACUGCUUAUUCAUGCUUUUUACGAGAUUAUUAUUAUUUUUUUUAUCCUUGGGCUGAACCUACCAGCUAUUGGCUCACUGAGUGUAAGAAAAUGUCUCAUAUGUGAUGUGUACAAUAAGAAGAAACAGAAGGUAUACUACAGAUGGAGGAGGAAUGAUGGGUGUGCAACCUGUGGCCCACUGGCCACGUGGGUCCAACUGCCGUCUUCAAUGCGACCCACUGAGCUUUUGCAUUAUCUAUUAUCCGCUGUCCUGUAUUGUUGCAUUCAUUUAUUUGUUUUUCUUUUUAAAAAAAAUGUCAUUAAAAUGCAAUUAUAACAUUUUUAUUUCUUUAUUACCUCAUUAAAUAAUUAGUUUGUUGUAUCAUAAAUGGACCGUUCUUCUGUAUCAAUGCCAUUUGCAUGCACAGGAAAUAAAAUGUAUAAAAUAAAAUUAUGGAAAAUGCA